ACAAAACUAAGCGCCUUAAUAGAAUGUAUGCGUUGCAAUAGUCUUUUCUCUUUUAACGGCUGAGUUCAUGCGUUAUUCUCAUGGAUGACAAUGAUUAAAGUCAGCGGAAACAUUGUUUUACCUUUCGUCACAUGGGCUCACACGCCUCCAGACCAUCAAAUAACUUCAAUUUUGUUGUCAGAAGAUGGUGAAACUAUUGCCACGGGGUCUGCCGAUGGAAACAUCAUUCUUUGGAGCGUAGAAGACUUGUGCUCAUGCUCACCUAAGUGGAUGAUAACUGGGCAUAAAUCUCUAGUCUCUAACUUGUGCAUUGCAGGACGCUCUCCUAUUAGUAAUAGUCAGUUCUUCUUUAGUUACUCCAUCAAUGGGGAAAUGGCUGUUUGGAAUUGGAAUGAUGGAAAGUGCUUGGAAUUCAAAAUGGAUACGCGCUAUCGACACACAUACAUCAAAUCACAUCAAACAUGUUUCCUUGAUUAUCGUGUACUAUUUUGUUGUGGACAAUAUGCACAUAUCGUUGUAUUACAUGCUACAUCAUUGACUGUUCUGUUCACUUUGGCUUCAAAUUCACAACCUGAUUGGAUAUCUUCAUUUGUUGUUGUUACACAUCCAAAUAAACGAAAUGAAAUAGUUCUAGGCAUUUCAUUUUCCAAUGUAGCGACAUUAUGGACGUUAGAUGGAGAAGAAAUACAGGGUGAGACUAAAUAUGAACACGAAUCAAGGUCUAUCAACUGUCCAUCAAAUGUACUACAAGUCGACUGUUGUCCACAAACACCUCGAUGUAUUUUACUAGUCUGUUCUACUGCUUGGCAACUUUUUGAUGCAAUGACCUGUUCUAUAACGUGUACUGUAUCAAAUCCAUCAAAUGAUAUAUUAGUCGGUGGAGGUUUCAUUAAAUCCAAUGUGAUCGGUGUUUACGGUCGAUCUGGAUCUGCAUAUUUAUACUGUUUACCAAAAAGUCUUAUUAUCCAUUCUAGAGAUUCUGUUUGCUCAGAUGUUCCAGUACGCAUAACCACCCUUUCUCCUUGUCUUCGUAACAACGAUAGUGUCAAAGAGACUGUGAAUGUAAAUCAAAUUAGUACUGUACAGAAUUGUAGUUGUUUCACCCCAGCAUUUAUUCACCCUAAGGACGGUUUUCAAUAUUUGAUAGCAGGUAAUAUUCAUGGUCAACUAUUGGCAUGGUGCAUAAAGAUUGACUCUCUUGAUUACCACAUUCAAAGUGGAUUAUUAUCCGAAAACAUUCCUACAAUUACUCCUGUAAAGUUUAGCGAUCUUCAAACUGUAUGGAAAAGAUAUGCAUCACCUAAUAUAGCUGCAUUUCUAACGAAGUCGAUUACGGAUUCUGACUGCCAUUCCAACCAAUCUCAUCCUAAGUCAUCCUUUGAUCCCACAGCAACAUCAACAAUCUUGUGUAAAGAUGCUGUUAGCAACAAGAGUGAUGAUAUCUGUGUAACUGUAUGCAUACAACUUACCCAGAUUAUAUGCCAUCAACGUCUUCAAGAUCGACCUACAAUUCAUCCGUAUCGUUUGGCGUUAGGUUUAUCCAACGGACGUAUUGUUAUUGUUCGUAUGAUUGACUUCUUAAAUACAGUUUAUUGGAAGAACUAUCACAAAGCGACAGUUGAUGAAAGGGAUGAACUAUUGACACAGCAGCAAUACCAACAACUGUUCGACCAACACACUGGAUUGUCUAAAUUCUAUCUUGAUGGUCAUAUUGGUGCGGUGACAAGUCUACUACAUCCAGCCAGUUAUGAAAGACAAUUUUAUUCGCAUGACUCGAACUCAUUAAAUCAUGUCAAUAACGGUGAUAAUUCUGCUGAUGAUGCUGCUGCUGCUGCUACUACUACUACUACUACUACUACUAACAUUACUACUAAUCAUGGUAACAGUGAUAGUGGUAGUAGUAAUACUACAACAAGUUAUCAUUACAACCCAAAUCAUCUAUUAUCCGGUGGAGUAGAUUUCACUGUCCGCCUAUGGGAUUUAAAUCCGUGGCAUGAAUCCAGCAAUAGUAAUAAGUUAAAGAGUAUUAAAAGGCCGGUGGGUAAUAAUUCUCAAGGUAGAUCAUUAUGCCUGGCUGUUUAUCGAUGUCAUGCAUCACCGUGUAUCGGUUUGACAAUUGGCCCACCUGUUACAUCUGUAAUCAAUAUGGUUGCUGGAAAUCCUAGAUUGACGUCAUGUAUCUGUUCAUUCGGUGCAGAUGGUUCUGUUUGGUUAUUCAAUUUAAAAGAACAACGUCCCAUGUUGUAUGCUCGAAAUACCAGCAGUUUAUCUUCAUGUCCAGUUGUGGCGAUUGGAUGGCGAGUUGCCGAAGAUCUCUUAUUUAUUGCCUAUUUAGACGGCAGUGUAACGGUUUGGGAUAUAACAAUGGGAUGUUUAGAACGCGUGGAAACUGAUCAAUCAGCUAGGGAUCUAUUUGAACAAGCCCAAUUUAUCACAGAAGUUUAUCAUCCGUCAACCUUUUUGGCAUUCACCUUUUCAACAGUGUCAUCAAUAACUAUGUCAUCGUAUAAAUCUCGAUCGUUAGCCGGUGUACCUAGUCACAAUCCUAUAUUUACAUCACUUGCUGUACCAUUCUGUGGUGGUGUAAACUCUGCUUAUUCUUCAGGUUGUGUUUCGUUAACUGCACCUAGUCGAUUAAAGUACUCUACAAUAGAUGAUAUACAAAAGUUGUGUACAAAUUGUCUACCACCUGUACAGUUGCAUUUAAUUGGAUCAACUAAUAGUGGUAUACAACAAAAGGUUUACAGUGAAAAAACAAUGAAUUGUGGUCCAGCUGCAUUUGUUUUCCAUUGGGAUAUUGAGUCACUUAUAGUUGAAAUUUUAUCACAGAAUAACGCUGUUCAAAAGGAUGAAUCGAUUUCUCAUAAUAAUCCAUCUUUACUAUCAUAUCAUGAUGAUGUAUUCACAUCUGAUGUAACUCAGGCCAAUCUAAUUCAAUUAAUAAUAUCACUUAUUCAUCCAUGGGGUGUUGAUUCUGCAAUCGAUCAAAUUAUUGAAAAGUUUUGUAAUUAUCAAUUUAUAGAAAAGGAUAAAUUGGAGUCAGUAUAUGAUCAUCGUCAUCGUCAUCAAUUAUCACGUGUACAACAAUCUGUUUGCAUUGGUCUUAUAUCAAAGUGUGGUUGUAUGAGUUUAAGCAUGCCUGGUUAUUUCUCAAAUUCUAUCAUGAAAAGGAAACAGAAAUCAAUUAGUCUACCGCAUACAUAUCGUCUUUCAUCGGUAAUUUCAACUAAUUUAAUCCUUUGUGGAGUUGCCUUGAUCGAAUUGAUGACUUCAUUGAAUAUGAAAUAUCUUCUACGCUUAUCGCAUACAAUUGGCCUAACAUCAUCAUCAUCAUCAUUAUCUGAUUCUUUAACGAAUGGAGGCGAUACGAUAGCAACACUAAAAUCUGUUCAUAUUAAUUGGCGUACGAAUUGGUUAAAAUUUGGUGCGUUUCUAUUGGAACGCUUUAUCAAUCAACUAUUAUCUGAAGAUAGAAAUAUUAAUAAUAAUAAUAAUAUCACAUCAAAAGGACAAUCAUACCUAUCUCUACCAAUUGAGUUGAGUUUAUUUGUACGUAAAUGGCAAGAUCGUUGUUUACCAAUACGUUAUGCUGCUCGCACAUUGCUACUUACAUGCUUAGAUCGUUUAUCACUAGAGGAUCGAAACAUCUUGGUUGCCUAUUGGUCUGCACUACUACCACCUUUUUCAUUGACUACUAAAGAUCAGCAACAGCAUUCACGUCAAAUAAUUCAUCAACAAAGUUCAUUGGAUCAUACAAAUCAUGUUGGUCAUAUCACAGAUAUAUUAGCCAAUCAUACCGAAUUGAAAACUGCACGUAAACAAAGUUUACCACAAAUGAAUGGAUUGACAAAUCAAAAUUCAUUUGAUUCAACCUUAUUAUCUACUGAAGAUGUAAUUGUACAAACGAAUAAUGGUGGCGGUGAUGUAUCGAACCAAGUGUCAACUUAUACUGUUGUAUCAUCAACUUCAUCACCAUCAAGUAGACACUAUGGAUCUAAUAGACAAGUACAGACAGAUUCAUUACCAAAUAUAACUGAAUCUGUCAGUAUGACUAGCUUAAAUUCACAUCUAAAUAUAUCGAUGGUAUCGGAUAGUUCAUGGUGGAUGACGCUGAAUGGUUAUCGUGUAUCGCCUAGAGAACAUGCACGUCUUCAGGCUUAUCUUUUACAGAGAGAUAUACAAAAAUGUCAGGCUAUUGCAAUUGUCCUAAUGGGUGUAAUUGGUAUGCGUUUCGGUUCAAGGAAUAAUGACAAUAGUAAUAAUUAUGAUAAUAACAGUAAUAAAAAACGUCAUCCUGCAGUUGUUGCACGAGAUUUAAUCACCUCACCAUUAGUUAUUACACAGGAUAGAGCAUACAGUGUAGUGAAUACAUGUGAUCAUGGAUUAACAUCACCAUGUUUUAUACCAACUGAUAAUAUGGAUAAAGUGUCAACAGGAAUAUCAUCAAAUCAUUUAUCAUUGGAAAAUUUUUCAGAUUAUACUUAUCAAUGCUAUGAGAUACAAGAUGGUUUUGGAUUAGAUAAUCAUCAUCUAGCUAGAUCAACUUGCCAAUGUUUAACAACUUUAUUAUUCAAUGGAGGUUAUCCAACUUUGUUACCAACAGACACAAAUAAUCCUGAAGUAGAUUGGGGCCGAUUACAUGAUCAAAUUGUUGGUAGUCGUAUAGAACCAUUACCUGUUUACGCUGCCAAUGCUCUAAUCACUUUGUUAACAUCAAAUGUGAACAGUACACUGAGGAGAGCUGGAAUUGAUCUACUAGGCCGUGGAUUCCCUGUAUGGGAACCAUAUGUUGAUGUUGGACAAGUGAUUAAUGCAUUAUUAUUGUUAGCUGCAGAUGCUGAAUUAUUAAUCUCAAGUGACGCAUCUUGUCAACUAAUCUCUGAUCGGGUUGAUUUGGCACGUACAGCACGUGAAGCUUUAUGGGCAAUCGCAUUCGCUCGACCAAAAUUAAUAACGUUAGCCUUAUCACUUGAAGUACGACGUUUCGGUUCUCAGAUUAAUGCAGCUGCUUCAGCAGUAACAUCCAAUACUAGUCGAGUAUCGAACACUUCAUCAUCUCAACCGAAUUUAAGCAAUCCAAAGUGGGGUAGUAGAUCAAAUUCACUUUCUAAAGAUCCGGAUAAUUUAAUGCAUUCUUCACGACGGGAUUCAUUAAACGCUGGAAGUGAAUUACAGUCAUCUACAAAUAUGGUAGUUAUGAUGGCUAGUCCAAUUGUUGCUGCACCUGUUUUUGCUCCCAGCAAUACUGGAGCAAAUGUUAAUCGGUCAACAUCUGGAUAUGGAGGUACAGACUCUUCAGGAUCUCAUAAUCCAAUUUGUCCACCAAUGUUCAAAGCUCGUGAAGAAGUGAUACGUUUAUUUGAACAGCUUUGUGUUAGAAGACCAUCUGAUAUCAAAGAUGUAUUACCAGAAGUUGUUGAAGUUAUUUUAGCAUGUUCUGAUCGUACACGUUUAAAAGAGCGUGGAUUAGAUUAUGUAUUCCCAGCACUUACACCAUUUUCCACUUUCUCCAGUCAUACACGUAUACAGAAAGCAUGUACAGGCAGUGUAAAUGGUUCUUUAACAUUUUAUGAUUUUAAAAUUGGACGCUAUUUUGUAACAAUGGCUCAUAAAGGUCCUGUAACUGCUGUCUGUUUUCAUUCCGAUGGCCGACAAGUGGCAACUUAUUCACUAGCUGAAAGUACUCUACGUAUAUGGCAGCUUCAUACUACUGGAUUUUUUGGUAUGGGUGGACAACAAGUUAAACCUUUAUCUAUCCAUCCUGUUCCACCAUUGAUUCCGCCUCCAACACCUAAAUUAUCUUCAUCAUCACACAAAGAAACUGAUCAUAAUCAAACUUCUUCACUUCCAACCACAGAUCGAUUACAAGUAUGGAUUGAUUGGUCAGAAUCUCGUGUAUUGCAUUUGAUUACAAAUACUGGUAUUAAACGACGUGUUGCAUUAUAAUGACACGAAAUAUGAAAUAUUUUUGUCUUCUUUCAUUGAUUCCCUUCUUCUCUUGUUAUCAUUGUUGUUUUAUGAUUGAAACUCACUUCAUUUCUUCUUCUUUUUUCGAAGUGUAUUGAAAGAUAUGCACAAAAAAAUUCAAAUUUUUACACACAUUCCUUUUAUUAUCAUGAAAAAUGAAAAGAGGUGAAUUUUCAUCCAUUCUCUUUUUAAUAACCUUCUGAACGUGAUCAUUAUAAACUACCUUUAUACAUUUUGUAUUUGUUAUUUGCCUGAUUUGCCUUCAUAUCUGUUUAUAUCUAAUCGAAUGAAGAAGUGAUGUCCACUAACAUUAUUAUCAUUUCCAUUUGAUUCUAUUAUAUUUCUCUUUAUAUCGGUUUCAUUCCAUGGUAUUUAUCCAUACUACUAACAAUCUAUCAGUAGUUCAAUAUUUCCUCAUAAAGAAAAUGAUGCAAUGGAUGUGAUUGAGUAAGUGGACGUUCAGUUUUCAACGUUUUUGUUGUUGUUUUAGUUGACAUUCAUUUUAAACACGAAUGAAUUGCACACUUUCUUGAGACAUAUUUCGAUUAAUGAUAUUACAGUUUAAUUACUGAAUGAAUAGUGAUAUCAACAAGAAUAAGGAUAAAAGUAGAGAGUUUUUUGUUUCGGUUUUUUUUUUCGUUGUUUAAAACUGAAACGUUUUUCUGUGAUCCGGGGACAUCUUUUGAUGGCUAUAUUUGUUCACUUCGUAUUUACCUGUUGCUCUUCUGUCAUUUCUUGACGUGAAUGGCUGCCAUUAACACAACUGUGCAGUUAUAGCAAGUCUGUGAUUAAAUUAUCACUACUAUUACUUAUUCCCAUUGAUUUUUCUCUUUACUGUAGUAUAUAUGUGGUGCCUGUUGCCUGGUAGUUUUUGAACACUUCUUCUUUUUCUUCAUCUUCUUGUUAAUUUUUAGUGAUAAUUCUUCUUUGUUAUCUCUUCUUGUUCCUAUGCAUAUAUACAUUGUAAAGAUUUUCACCUAUGUUGCUUGUUCUGCUUAUUUGCUAGUACGGUCUGUAUGGUUUCUUAUUCAAUCAUUAUUAUUAUUAUAAUCUUGAAAAUCGACAAGUUCCAUCCAAUUUGCUGUCUUUAUCCAUUCCUCCUUCCCUUUCAUCUCGUAUUUUGUCUGUUUACUUGCAUCUAUGUGACUGUGUAUGGAAUCUAUUUUCUUCAGGAAAUAUUUAUGCAUCUAUCAAAAAAAAAAAACCAAAACAGUAUAGCUGUCAGGUAUUUAACUAUUUGUGUGUAUUAUCUUGCCAUUCUUCUACUUACUCAUAAAGAGGCAUUAUUUAGCAAUAUAAAUAAUAAAGUAAUUCUAUUCAAUU